GGAAGAACCCGUUGACGAGUAGGCGCGUCUUUUUUUGUUGUCGUUGUUCCUAUCCAACGUUCGGAAGUGAUUGAGUGUAUGCACAUACAACCAACCGGAAAACCGGGAGAGAUUGAUUGCCAGGGGGUAUAAGUGUGUUUUGACUUUUGAUCAUGAUGACCUAACAACGUACAAGACAACCAUCACAACAGCCAUAAAGAGAUGGGUAGCAUACGAUCAACGAAUGGUGAUCAUAAUGGCGGUGGACAUCGAUUGAUCGUAGGAACAUUCAAUACACCGGAACUAUUCUUACUCAAUUUCAAUACAGACAAACAAUCAUUAAAAAUCGAAUCGAGAUGGGAAGCGAUUGGGAAUCAUUCUUGGCUAGCUCUAGACAAAACAAGGAAGCUGCUAUUGGCAACUUGUUGGACUGAUCCACCCUGUAUUGCAUCAUAUCGAUUAGAUGCGCUUGAGUCACCUAAACCGCAAGCGAAACUUGUUAGCACGCAAACUAUAAAAAGUAGAUCAGGAUAUGUUGCCGUUCAUCAUCAUCUAGAAGGAGGAAGAGGUAGAGCAUAUACUGCAGGUGGACCAUCGGGAGAAGUAUUGGGGUUGCACUUAGAAACGGGAGAAUUGACAGAUGUUCUGCAAGAGAUGAACUACAUCACCGGAGAAACCACACUGACAGAACAAGGACAGCGGCUUAGAGGCGAGACAAACGGGCAAAGCAGUGCAUUCCAAGAGACACCACAUCAAAACGGAAAAGAAAGCGAGAAUAUACUUGAUUUUGGAGGAUUACGUCAUGGUGCCCAUAGUGUUGAUCUUUCGCCUGAUGGAAGGAUGAUGUAUGUGGCAGAUAUUGGAAGAAAUUGUGUUUGGGUGCAUAAACUGGACGAGGAAGGAUUGAUCACAACAACACAAAAAGUCAUUUCGCCUAGACCGAAUGAUGGACCGAGACAUGUCUGGCCGCAUCCGGGCGGUAAAUGUGUUUAUGUGCUUCAAGAGCAUUCAAGCAUGGUAGACGUAUUCAAAGUAAAUUCUGCCAAAGGAACACUUGAAUGGGUCCAAGGUGUCAGAAUCAUCCCAGAAGAUCAAGAUGAGAAGCUAUUUUGGGCUGAUGAAGUGCGGACUGUUCCAAGUUCAGCUGGUGUACCUAGUGACGAACCUGACCUUCUGGUUGCAUCAACACGUGGACUCGAAAAGGACACAAAAGGGUAUGUUGCCUUGUUCAAAUUGACGAGCGAAGGGUUGAUCCAUGUGAAAGAGAAGGAAGACAAACAUGCUUGGUUGGAUAUGUGGCAAUCUCCAACCUCAGGCGGUUGGGCCAAUGCGGUUGAGCCUUGUUAUAAAUUAUUGCAUGGGCCUCAAGCAUCUUUCACAAAUCAAUCAAGACGCAACGAAGGUCAAUAUAUGGCAUUGACUGAUAGCGAAGAAGGAUUAGUGAUGAUACUAUCAAUCGAAACGGACACGACCAAACAAUCAAAGCACAUUGUUGAGGUUGCUCGAGUUUCUUUGGGCAAAUCGAACGAUGGUAAGAUUCGUGGUGCAGCUACUGCAGUUUGGCUCUAAUUCAUAUCCAUUGUAGAAUAUCAACAUGUAUAGAAGAAUCAGAUCUCUUCGUUUCAUCUUUUGCUUUUGGUCAAAGCCAUUCGGAUAUAAUAUCACACUACU